AACAUUUAACGUCGCUGACUAAUGACGUCAGACGGGAGGAGGUGCAGUUCUGCCACGUCGGUCUGUAACGGCACCAAGCGCGUUUACACUGUUGCUCCUGAAGCCCCGGAACAACUUUUUGGGCCGUUUUAUGCUUUUAUCUGGGAAGGAGGCUAACUCCGGCGUGUCCGGGGCCGUCUUAACUCUCAGCUGCAGCGGUCCGGAGGUGGAUGUUGAAGCUGGGAGGCGCAGAAAUGCUCGCUGUUAUCUGGAGUCGUCACACAACUGACUGAUGCCUCUUGGUUCCUGCCCGCAUGCUGUCGAUGUUGGCUUGAAAUCACGGUGGCUUUUUGAGACGAGCAGUAGCUGGCGACCAUGCCAGGAGGCCGCAGGGGUCCCAGCAGACAGCAGCUCAGUCGCUCCGCUCUGCCGUCCCUGCAGACCCUGGUUGGAGGCAGUGUCAGCAAUGGCACAGGUCUCAGGAACAGGGGCAGUAACUCUGUAGGUCUGUCGGCCCCGCCUCUUUCAGCCCUCAUCACCCCAGAGCCGGUCCGUCACUCGCGGAUCCCCGAGCUCCCGUUGGACAGCAGCCUACUGUUCGAGUUCCUGCUUUUUCUCUACUUGCUGGUUGCUUUGUUCGUCCAGUACAUCAACAUCUACAGGACGGUGUGGUGGUACCCAUACAGCCACCCUGCUGCCUCUACCUCGCUUAAUUUUCAUUUAAUGGACUACCACCUGGCCAUCUUCAUCACUGUCAUGUUGGCCAGACGGCUUGUUUGGACGAUUGUCUCAGAGGUGUCUCAGAGCAGUGGGGGAUCAUUGCUCCGCUACGUGGUACUGAUCGCAGCCCGGCUCAGUUUGCUGACCCUGUGCGGCUGGGUGCUCUGCUGGACGCUGGUCAACCUGUGCAAGAACCACUCUGUGCUGAACCUUCUCUUCCUGGGAUACCCGUUCGGUGUGUAUGUCCCCCUCUGCUGUUUCCACCAGGAAGGAGGGAAAAGCCAAGCGGCGGCGGCGGCGGCAGAGUGCGACUACCAAGGGGACCACCAGCAGGCCGACCUGGCAGAGUCUCCGUUCCUCCGGCCGCGAGACUUCCUCUUCCUGCUGCGUGAAAACCUCAGAGAACAGUUUUCCAGCCCCCCCCACAUGCCCACCCACACCUGCCCGCCACACACGCACUCGGACACGCCCGAGCUGAUUCGAGCAGAGGUGGAGGAGCUCAAGAGCGACUUCAACCGGCGAAUCAAAGAAGUGCUGUUCAACUCUCUGUUCAGCGCUUACUAUGUAGCAUUCCUUCCCCUCUGCUUUGUUAAGAGUACUCAGUACUACGACAUGCGCUGGUCCUGCGAGCACCUGAUCAUGGUGUGGAUCAACGCCUUCGUGAUGCUGAUGAGCCAGCUGCUGCCCCCCAGCUACUGCGACCUGCUCCAUCGCUCGGCAGCUCACCUCGGCCGCUGGCAGAAACUGGAGCACGGGUCGUACAGUAACGCCCCCCAGCAUGUGUGGUCAGAGAGCACCGUCUGGCCUCAGGGGGUCUUGGUACGACACAGUCGAUGUCUGUAUAAAGCAGUUGGACCCUAUAAUGUGGCCCUGCCCUCUGAUGUCUCUCAUGCAAGAUUUUAUUUCUUGUUUCACAAGCCAUUGCGGAUCCUGAACCUGCUGAUCUGGAUUGAGUCCAGCGUGGUUUUAUACCAGUUAUACUCUCUGUUGCGCUCUGAGCGUUGGAACCACACGUUGUCUCUGGGCCUUAUUCUUUUCUGCAACUACUAUGUGCUUUUUAAACUACUCCGAGACCGCAUCGUGCUGGGAAAAGCCUACGCCUACCCUCUGCCCUCCAACAGUUUGGGGCUGAAGUCCCAGUAGAGGAUCUGCGCGGGGACACCUCACUUCCGAGCUCCGGAUUGGAAACAGGAGGAGAGGGCGGCCGCUGGGGGUGGAGGACAGACUGUGAACUCAUAAUUGUGUUUUGAUACGGUUCUAUUUUUAAUGCAAUGUUUAUAUUUACCUAUUUAAAAGAAUAGUUUUAUUUUGUAUACGAUUUUGUGUUACACCGGGCAUUACCACGAGGACAACUUGAGCAUGUUGUUUUACGCUGUUUCUAGGCGACAGGGAAGCCGAGGAAUGCCUGGGGGUGACUCUCACCAAAGAUAUUUUAAGUACACACGGCCAAUCACAGAGCAGACUUGGCCCUGCAUUGUCUGUAAAACCAGACGAGCAACUCAGACCAGAGGAGGAAGUCGGGCUUGAGAUCCUGAUUGUUUGAAGCUUGAGGCACUCACUGAACAGUGUUGUCGGCAGUUUGAUAAUCUCAACAUUGCCAACUCUUCUUUUUUUAAUUUCAUUUUAUUUUUCUCCCCUCAAAAGAAGUUGAAAAUCUUUUUUUAUCAAUUGAAUGGAAUAAGGAAGUACCACCUGUUUUGAUUGGAUAUGAGUGGCUGAAUCUGCCUUAUUUCUUUAUAAAAACCAGUUUUUCCUUUUUUGGUUUAAUUCGAGCUGAAACGCGAGAACAUUUGUUUGUUCAUCCUGAAUACAUUUUUCGUUUUUAUAGCAGAACUUUUUCUGGGAAAAAGUCUCAUCAAAACGAAGAAAACUGGUGCAAGCCCAUCUGUCCGCCCACGGUACUUUGGUUUACAGGAAACGCUGCAUCCGCAUCACUAUCUGUUUGUUCAAAGUCAGUAAAUAUGAUGAGGUACAGUUACAGCACCAGUUAACAAGCUGCAAGCAUCCCCAAACUGAAAGCAUAUUAAAAAAAAUCCAACACUUCAUGUUAUGACAAACCGGUUUACUCUUCUGAGCCCUUUCGGUAAAUCCUUACGAGGUGAUGGAAGCAACACAGGCAGCCAGCUGGAAAGACUGUCACAGCAUUACCAGCUCAAGUAUUCAGUUACCCAAAUGGUGUUACAGGCGAGUUACGUUUCAGUUUGUGAAUUUCCUCUUAAUAUUCAGUGGAUUUUCUGUCAGCUGCUUCAGUCUGUGCUAUUGAUGAUUAGCUGACAGCUAUUGAGAUACCAACCCAGUAUGAACACAAUCAUCCUAUAUGUGAAAAUCAACAUGUACACAUAAGGAUGCAACUUUACAGGAUUAUUUUUUUUCUUGAACACCAUCUAAAAAAAAUCCAAAUUUGUCCUCCCAACAGCGUCCGCACGGCGAUGGAAUGGUUUGUUCACAUUUUCAUUGUAAAUGUAGCACAUUUUUGCCACCAAACGGUGCUGUGGAAUGGGGCUGGUAGGUUUUGUUAAAGUUGCUCUCAACCG